AUCACAAAAAUCACAUUGUGUUCAGAAUUCAAGAGGUUUUUUAAAUUUUCUCUGUAAUUAAUUGAUUUUAUAAGUUGUUUUUAAACGGAGACACAGUUGAAAUGGCCCGCACUGAGAUGGAGAAAAAGGCCAAGCGCCAGGGCAAGAAACGCAAGCACGAGGCAGUUAAAAAUAUCGAAAAUUCGGCAUCCGACGACGAGGUGGCCAACAAAAGUCUUAUUUUGGAGCCACAGGUGGAGCAACAGGCGGCUGUUACAGAUAAACCACCAAAAAGGCGGCAAAAAGGAGAAGAAGCAUUGGCUACCAAGAAACGGAGCAAGAAAUUGGCGACGGAGGUGCAGGUGGCCACCAAUGGACACGAAGAAAGUAAUUCAGAGAAGCCUCUAAAAAGAAAACAAGUUCAGGAAGCAAACAAACCCGUAAAGGAGAAGCGCAGUAAAAAGGAAAACAACUCGGACGAUGAUGAAGAGGACUCCCAGCCCACAAAAGCUCAAUUAGAGGAGGCUGCCCGUCCGGAAAACACCAAUGCCGUGGUAACCGUGCGCCAGAAGAAGAAACAGAAGCACCAGCAGCGUCUCGAGUCCCAAAGAAAUCAGAACACCAACAAAGAAGCCAAAAUCAACAAAGAAUACCUCAUCAAAUGGAAGGAAUCCCGCCAGGAGUGGAAGUUCAACAAACUCCGGCAGAUUUCAAUCCAACAAACCGCUUUCGAUGAGGAGAAACUAGAUGCCGAGCUGUGGCCCACUGCUCUGGAGUAUUUGGCCAGUUCCCAGGGAGCAGCGCGCUCGAAGAUCAGCCAAUUGGCUGAGGAGGUAAUCCAGAAACUAGACAAGGAAGGAGAGAAACUGGAGGACGAGGCUGAAAGACAGAAACUGAUCGAGUCCACGCGGUACCAGCGGGCACGUGAUCUCCUUCAGAGCUUCGACUAGUUUUAUAUGUUAGUUGUUAAUGUUUUCUCUAGGAUUUAAUAAAGCACCGCCUUUUUAUUUUACUUAAA